AGUCUCACACUGUCAUUGCUCAUUCAUUUCAAUUUUCAAGCAUCUCUUCCCUCAAUUCCAUUUUCUCUCCUUCACUUGAUAGAAGAAAAUCGGAGAUUUAAUAUGCAGCAGGCAAGGAAAUUAAAAACGGUUUCGUGGGCUCCUCAAUCUCAUCUUUGUCAGGUAAAAAUUUUCUCAUCUGAGGAAAGUCCUUCAAAAAUUGGAAACAAAUCUGAAGAUGAUUUUCAAGCAAAGACAUUGUCCACCAGGCCUUCAACCCUUGAACAUGAUGAUUUCCCACCUGGAUUUGAAGGCAAUCAUUUCCAGAAUCAAUCAAAGUCAGAAUUUUCUUACAUUAAAUGGGAAAGCCCUCCUCCGCUUGUUCUGAAUCGUUGUUGGAGCGUGGCAGCUGGUGAAGAAAGUACGGAGAAAUAUGAUGAGAUGCUAAGAGAAAGGAGAGUGUCUGAAGCAUAUUAUCCUUGUAGUUCUGCCAUUCCUCCAAGCCCUUUUGUUUCAUUUAACGUGGAGAAUGAAAGUUAUGAUGAUAGUCUUACUCCUAUCAUCUCUCUCAUUCCCAUUGAGGAAUAUGAAUCAGUAACAGGUAUUAACCAUGAUGUUUCUGUCACAAAAAAACAUGGAGACUCUCUCUCCAAACUGCAGACACAAACCACACAGCAAUGCAUUCCACCAGCAACAACAUCUUCGGAGGCAAAUUUCGUUGCAACUUCUAUAACUACUGUUUCAUCUACCAUCUUAAAAAGCAUCGAAGAAGGAACCGUGAUUGAUGUUGAUUUUCUCUUUAAAAUAGCUAAUGACCCAAUAAUGAUUGAGAAAAGAAUAGAAGAAUAUUCAACUGUUACCACCACUGGGAUGAAUACACCCUCAAGGACUGUGAGUGCAAGAAAAUCAUCAGCUCCAUCAAAUCCACUGAUGAUCGUCGCCCCUGAAAUGUCUGAAAUUCCAUCUAGUUCAUUGCUGGAACCUGCACAUGAUAAUCAUGUAACUGCAACUCCACUUGUUCCUUUGUCUGGAUCUGUAUCUGCUCACACAGCUGCACCUCAUGUAAAAGAUGUCAAUUACUAUAAAAACCUUGUUAGAAAAUAUGAUGGUAUGAGUCAGCCAGGCAAGCAGAAUAAUAAUCAUUUGGAAUAUUAUAAACGACCUCGUGUCCUUAAUCCAAAUGAAGUGAAAAGGAAAAUUCAGAAAUCGUGCAAAUACUCUAAGACUUCAAGGGGUCGCCGUGGUUCCAAAUGCCGUUAUCUGCAUGAUAAGGUGUGGAGAAUGUAAUCUGAAGUUGCAUAUUCUGAUGGUGAAGAGUGUUUACAUUGUACUCACGGAGGGGAAGUCAUUCAGUGAGUUAGAAGUGGAAAACUUUUCUUAUUCUAACAGUUUUAUGAAUAUUUUGGUCAGGAGAAUGUCAGCGCUUGACAAUACUGAAUUAUCUGAUAUUUUCUACUAAGUUCGUAGCCACACCAUGCAUUUUGUUAGUAUUUAUUAUAAAAUGUUUUAUA